GGCAAUGAGAAUUGCAAUAAUUAGUAUAAGUGCUCAAACUCAUUUGAUCAGAAAUUGCAGCGCAGAACGCUGUCGGGUCGAAAUAAUAUUGGGAGUUAUUUUUAAUCCAAAUGUCUAAAGAAGAGAAGAAUGAAGAGAUCAAGGGGGGAUCGGCAAACGGUAGGAAGGACAGUGUACACAGAAAGCCUCUGGAUCUCGACGACGUGUUGAUCAGCGAGUUGGGCCAGUUCGGCUGGUAUCAGCAGAGGAAUAUUCUUCUGGUCGCUUUACCUAUCAUGUUCUCUACUUUCAUCAAUGAAUUUAUAUUCUCCGCUGCAGCUAUACCUCACAGAUGUCGCAUUUCGGAAUGUGGAGAAGAAGGCAAGUUGCACCCGUUAAAUCCUGAAUGGAUCUUGAAUGCAGUGCCAGGGUCUGCUUCAGGGGUCGAUAGCUGUAAGCGAUACGAUGCUCUGAAUCCAGGAGUCAACGGUACCUUGGACUAUUGCCCUGCUACGUUGUUCAAUCAAUCUUCUGACAGUCGUUGUGAUGAAUUCGUGUACGCCAGGGACAAUACUGUGGUAUAUGAUUUCGACUUGGGUUGUCAAGAAUGGUGGCGAGCAUUUGCUGGCACGAUGAGCAGCAUCGGCACCCUGCUGGUGCUGCCCAUCACCGGCUACGUGUCCGACCGCUUCGGGCGCCGGUUCGCGCUCAUUAUCAGCAUCUUCAACUUGGGGCUGUUCGGACUGAUCCGAGCCUUCUCCGUCAACUACCCGAUGUACCUUGCGCUACAUCUUCUGCAAACGACAUUCGGUUCUGGCGCUUACAGUUCGUCGUAUAUUUUUGCUGCUGAACUGGUUGGUCCAAAGUACCGUGUUAUAGCGAGUGCAACCUCGUCGUCGAUGUUCGCAACGGGUCAGAUCGUGCUGGGCGGCGUGGCGUGGCUGCUGCCGAAAUGGCGCCACAUGAUCAUCGCUCUGCACGUCCCUUGCUUCGUCAUCAUCGUGUACUAUUGGCUCUUGUCUGAGAGCGUCCGCUGGUUGUUGUCAAAAAAGCGGUACACGGAAGCUGAACAAAUAUUGGAAACUGUUGCGAAGGCAAACAAAACGUUUAUCAGCGAAAAAUCAAAGCAAGCGCUGAUGACUCCCGUAGAAUCUCCUGUCGCUGAAUCUGAUACUGAAAGUCUUGGAUUAGUGAAAACAGUGAUACGCUCUCGAAUUCUACUCAGGAGGGUUUGCACAACGCCGAUAUGGUGGAUCACGAUGACUUUCGUGUACUACGGACUGUCCAUCAACUCUACCGGUCUCUCUGACACCAUGCACUUGAACUACAUACUAACAUGCGCCAUAGAAAUCCCCGGUUAUAUCACUGCAGUUCUCGUCUUGGAUAGAAUCGGCAGGAAAGCGACACUCUCUUCGGGAUAUUUCCUCAGCGCUGCUUGCAAUAUCGCGUACAUCUUUGUUCCUAAUCACAUGACAGUCCCUCGUCUAGUGCUCUAUCUAGUGGGAAAGUUUGGCAUUUCUGUAGUGAUGACGUCGGUGUACCUGUUCACUUCGGAGCUGUACCCCACGGAGUUCCGACACAGCUUGCUCGCGUUCUCGUCGAUGAUUGGUCGGAUUGGCUCCAUCACCGCUCCAUUGACGCCAGUACUCAUGGACUAUUGGCACGGAAUACCGUCGCUGAUGUUCGCCUUCAUGGCGGUACUGUCCGGGCUGCUGGUGCUGACGCAACCGGAGACCCUGGGCACCAAGCUACCGGACACGCUCGCCGAGGCCGAGGCACUCGGGAGACCUGACUUCAAAUUAACUAGCUGAUAAUAUAGUUUCUUUGAUCUUGUCUAAUAAUAAUUUUAAGCUAUAGCUAAGCACUCAAUAAAUAAAAUAAC